GGGGGAUUAAGAAAUCCAUCAUUCCAACCAACCCACCCACCUCUCGGCAUACACACCCCUCACAACACCAUGACCAGCACAGCCCACGUCCGACCAGACACCGAAGCCAUUCCCUACCAAGGCGAGCCGCUACCACACGUUGCUUCGGAUCUUGUAAUCCCCAAUGUGCUAUCCUUCGACUGCGACGAGAAGCUCUGGGUUCCGCAGGCCCCCAACGUCUGGUUUCGUCCUCUCGUGCUCUGCGUUUCCCAGGGCUACUUUGUCAAUAUCCUACGUGUCCGUCGCUCUGGGAUUCUUUCGCGACAUCGGCACUCCGGCCCUGUGCAUGCCACUACACUGCGUGGAAAAUGGCAUUAUUUGGAGCAUGAUUGGUGGGCUACGGAAGGAAGCCAUGCUUUUGAGCCGCCGGGAGAUAUCCAUACACUAGAAGUGCCGGAAGGUGUGGAGGAGAUGAUUACGCUGUUCCAUGUUACGGGUGCUUAUAUUUACGUUGAUCCUGCGGGUAAUCCUGUAGGAGUGGAGGAUGUUUUCUCAAAGCUUUCGAGCGCAAAAGCUCAUUAUGAAAAGGUUGGGCUGGGAGCAGAUUUCGUUGAUCAAUUUGUGAGGUGAGCCGUACAGAAUAUAUAUCCCAAAGGCAACAUCGAAGACCGCGUUGUUAUUGCUGCGGAUUAUCUCCAUUCACCUAUACUAUAUACACUUGGUACAACGCCUCGAUACCUGGAUACAAUAAAAUCUCCCGAAAAUUACA